AUGGUCGACUCGGCCGAUCCGUUCUUCCGUCUGUUGGAACGGCCGGGCGCAAGCAACAUCAACUUGGCCAACGCUGACACACUAGUGAUCAGCGGUCGACGGCACACAAAUCAUCAGGAGAAUGGUGUAUUUAUGUGGUUGCAAAUGUUCAAGUAGGUGCACUUUUUGUUUUUCACUUGAUGUCAGACUGGACUUUAGAGGGUCGUUGGGCAGACAUGUCUGAGGUUGUUUUUAUCUUAGACGGAAAACUUGGCCUAAAAUUAAAUACAUUUCUUAUUAGAGCGCGAUUACUCUCUGUACUGAUAUGUCUGAUUUCCUGUAGUUAGGUAAAUGCGCUCUUAUGAUUAUAUCUUUUAAAUAUCCUUCAAUUUGUCAUUACACCGCAUUUGAACCAAAUUUUUAAAUUCCUAUAAAAUACCGCUAGUUUUCAUUAGAGCGCAUUUUCACUAAUUAAAGCAAAAAAGAUGAUUUUUCAAAUUUUUUCAACAAAACCCCAAUUAGUCCAUGGGGCGCAUUUGAAAAAUUCACAUAGAAUAGCAAAUCUGCUCCACUGAUAAACCCUUUAUUCUCCUUGAAUCGCAACUUUUUACCCCUUUCAAUAAAAAUUGCAAUGUUUAUUGCCAUAGAAACAUUUUUAUCGCCCAAUUUUUUUUCGUCUUCUGAACAAAUAAACUUGUCUGUGAGACAAGCUCUUUGAUCUUCUGAACUUUGAAAAAAUAAAUAACUUUUUGCACGUGAGAUUUUCGAGAAAACUUAAUGAUGAAGCUCAUUAUUUUGUUUUUCGAAAUGACGUGCUCAGGAUUUUUGCCAUAAAAUCCUGACUGAGCUGAGCAAACUACAUAUGUAUUUUCUGUCUCGCCACAUUUUUCUCCAUUUUCGUGCACACAACAAGAUUCUUCGUCGCAAGAAAAAAUAAUAAUUAUAAAUUCUUUCUUUUCAGCAAUUUUUUUGUCGAGAAAAUAUGUGGGGAAGAGAGAAAAGUUUCUUUCUUUCUUUCUAGUUUGGAACUUUUUUGUUGCAAAAGGAAAAAAAUGUCACAUGCUUUUUCUAGGGGGCGCCAAGGAGAAAUGAAAAGAACAUUUUCUGAUGUUUCAAUGAACUCUGAGCAAAGAGGAAGUGAGCUCAGAAUAUAGUAUUACUCCUUGCUUGGUAUAGUAUUUUACUUUUUCUGAAAAACAUGGGGGCUCUUUGACCAAAAUCAUCGAUCAAAAAUCUCUAGCCUGCUCAUUUUUUUCUUAUUUUGCAGCUGAAGCUUAUAAUUUUCUUUGCACCUGACCACAAUUCAAGAAAUCAAAUCCAAAUUUCAAAUUUCAGCCAAAAACUUCCAUCAAUAUGCAUCGGCGGGGAACCAUCAAUACCUUACGAGAUUCUGAAGGAGAUCUUCAAGAAGGUUCCGGAAUAUGAGCAGGAAUCGUUUAGUGAAUUGAUAAGUGAGUUAGCGAAACUCCGCAAGGCCUUCUGAACUCCAAGUUGUUUUUACAGAAACCAAAAAUAUCCAUGUGCAGAUCGCUAGCACUACCCAAAUCAAAAUGCUGCAAGCGCAGUGUGAGGAGUGUCGGAAAAUCCAGUCGACUCAAUUCAGUCUGAUCCGCCGGUCAGAUGUCGAGCGACUCGUCGGAAGUCUACGAUUGGAAAGUGAUCGAUGCUCGGGCGAACAUGAUAUCUGGAACCAUGCCGAGCGAUUUCGUGUGGCACAUUUCAAUUUUUGCGAUGCUUAUGAUGAUUUUCUGGAAGACGAUGAUUUGAUCGAAGACAUUUCGAAAUACGGAGUCUGCGGUUGGCUAUAUCCAUCUCGAGCCCAAAUGCGAUGCAUCCUCUGUUGCCAGUGUCUCAAACCUUUCACUCCCGGCGAUUUCGUCCUUCAUCAUCACGUCGUCGAAAAAGUUGAGGGAAUUGUGCAUCACGGUCUCAACUCAAACAGCUGGCCCUAUAUGCUACAAUUAAUGGGACCAGAAACAUCCAGGGAAAAUGAGAUGGCUUGGGAGAAGUUUAGGAAUAUGGAUGAUGCUGAAAUGACGCCGACGUUGAAACGACGACAUGAGUUUGCACCUGCGGUUAGCAAGGAUUUGAUGGAUUUCGAAUUGUUGAAUCCGUUUGCGAUGCCGGUUAAGAAGCAGAAAAUUAUUGAUGUUGUUGGUGAUAUGGAAUAUGAUGAUGAGGAUGAGGAAGAUGAGAAUUUCGAUAGGGUUAGUAGACGCGCUCUUUGGAGAAGGGGGGGGGGCUGAGGGUAGAUUAACUAGGGUACAUCCACGAGUCAGACAUUAGAAAGAUCUCAUAGCUACAGUAUUAGAUAGCUAUUUUGGUUAUCCGAGAGUCUCGGUACCCAUGAAGCCUUGAUGAAAAAUCUUCCUGUACGCAAAAGUGCGUCGCAGUGAUUGCACACAUCAAUCCGCUGGACGUGGGGACAAUUUGAAAAUUUUUAUGAUGCCUUUAGGAUUUAUGACUUAUGUCGAAGAUGAAGAUCGCGUCAUAAGCCGAACCAUAAAUAUUUUCUAGAUUUUUUGCUGAACUCAUCGAUUUUGCAGCCUCAUUUCUAACCUAAUUUUUACAGAACCGCGACAUCGACAAUUCCAAAGCUCUAGCCAAAUCAACAACCCUGGAUCUCCUCAACAAUCCACUAUUCCAUAGUCUCAAAGACAAACUUCCUGCUCUCCUAUUCCCGCCGCCAAUCGUUGCACCAAUCAAAUUGGUGGACACACCAAUGGCUCCGCCAUCAAAGCCUUUCGAGUUUUCAUCGAAUAUUGAUCUCAAAUCGUUGUUCCCCGCACCGAAAUUGGAUUUGAGCAAUUUUGCCGGGUUGGCAACAGGCCUGCCGGGACUUCCAGUCCCACAAAGCCUGCCUGCUACUGCGCAGAGCCUACCGGGAGCUCCUCAAGGACUUGUGGUCCCGCAGGGAUUGCCGGGGACAUCUACGCAGGCUGCACAACCCUUCCCUCUACCCAACGCCAUGCCAAACUUGUUCAAAUUCGAUCCCGGGUGGGAAGCUGUUAAGGUAAGUAGAUUAGGUCAGGCUUCCAGACCAAAUUUCAAAUUAAAAUUUUUGCAGCGCGAGCAACAGAUUCUCAAAUCCCUCCCCGAUGAGAUGAUUCGCCUCCUAGACAACAAAACCAUCGAUGUCUCGCUGGUCUUUCAACUUCUACAACAUUCCAAAUAA